AUGGAUGAAUUUACUCCGAGAUAUUUGAUGUCAGAGCUAAAUGACAAUUCAACUUUCGUCAUGAAACGCGUAAAAAAUAGAGACGGAACGAAAGAACAAAAGCUUAUGAAUGCGGAUGACGUAGAUAGGGAAAUUGUUGAAAACGGUCUCGGAAUAUAUGAAAUGCCAGCAGAUGAGGUACAAGAAACUCCACAGGAAGAAAUAGUUCAGAUACAACCAGACAUGGAAGAAAUAGUUCAGCAACAACAGCUAGAAGAGCCUGAAGGAAACGAACAAGUCCUCCUUUGGAAACUAACUUCACAGAACUAG